CGGACUAUAUAAAGAGAAAGUAUUAUAGGUAAUUACGGAACACAAAUUCAGUUCAAAACUACGAUGCAUAUUAAAUUUUUACUCGCAGUUUUUUUAAUUACCAUAAAUGUGAUUUGUUCACAGACGUCACAAGGUAAACAUCAAAUUGAGAAAAUGGAAUUAGAACAAAUUAAAAAAACACCACAAUAUCAACAGGUCAGAACAAAAGUGAUAAAUGCAUUAUCAGAUAAAAUUGACAAUUAUGUAUUGGAUCAAAUAAGAAAAAAACCAUAAUUUAUUGUUUCAAUGAAUGAUUUGAAAAAAAAUAAUAAAUGAAUAAAC